GUGUUUUCCGAUGACAUGAGGGUCAUGCCCGGGCGUUACGUUGUUAUAACCGGGUACAUCGUAACUUCCUGGUUGUUGAGACAGUUUUCAAGCAAUGAUUACAUGUUCACCAUACAGGGGAAUACACCAGUCAUGUUUCAUUUAGUGUUCAUUUUAACUACAGCAGUUUAUACAGUGUCAGGUCAGUCUAUCACCAUAACAGGACCAAGUACCUUGGAAACACCAACAUCAGAACUCAGACUUACCUGUACACCAAGCUCAGCCGGAAUCACAGAUGUCAAUAUUAUUGUUCUUCUGAGAAAUUCUAGUUCUACAGAUUAUCAAACAGUAGUGUCUGUUAGAUAUAGUAAACCCACCUCAUCCUCAGUAAUCAGCUGGGGUAACGUCGUCAGUCAGAGCAGAGCGGGGGUGUCAGCCACAGGAAAUGUGGACACGUUAUCUGGAGCUCAGCUUGUGUUUACAAUUGCCACAAAUAGGACAAACUGUAAUGAUGGCGGAGCUUACCGAUGUUCUAUGGGAGUCACUCUGACUAGUGGUAGUGGUGGUGUAGCGAUAGAUGAAAAAUAUAUCACAGCUAAAGUUCAACCGAUAUCCACUAACGACAUGACCGUGUUUCCCUUCCCCAAUGUGGAGAGUGUAUAUUACUCCGUGGGAUCCUCAGUGACAUUCACUUGUACUGGCACUGUAGGAAGCGACAAAAAAACCCACACAUGGUGUUACAAGCGUGUCACCGACCAAGGAUAUACUGGUUACCCGACUGCAGCUGACAUUAAUCAGAAUGAUAACGGUUUGAUACAGUCCGGGUGUAACUACCAACGUACCAGUACACUUACCUACAAUGUGACAAAUGACGACACCAACACCACGUUUAUGUGUGAACCGUUCACUGGAACUGUGUGUGGCUCAAAUCCAGCUUCACUCAUAGCAUACAAAUCCAUCAGAAGAUACGAACCUACAACUACGACGCCUGCUUUGGCUCCAAAUACAGAUGACGUCACACCCUGGAUCAUCGUCGCUGUUAUAUUCAUCAUGGCGACUGUCGUCCUCAGUAUCAUUGUUGCCUUCCUCUGUCGUAAAGUAUUAGAAUAUAAAGAACGUUUACAUCAAAGCGUUAAUUACGAGGUGGUGAACAGAGGAUUGUCAAGAAAUGAUGAGCACGUGUACAACACCACGGACAAUUACGAAAUACCACAAAUAUAGACUACACAAUGCAGCUACGAGGUGUGGAUAAUCGAACUAAGUGUAUAACUGUUGUAACCGAGGGUACACAUACCAACAAACUAAGUGUAUUACUGUUGUAACCAUGGAUACACAUACCAACAAACUCAGUGUAUUACUGUUGUAACCAUGGAUACACAUACCAACAAACUCAGUGUAUUACUGUUGUAACCAUGGAUACAAAUACCAACAAACUAAGUGUAUUACUGUUGUAACCAAAGAUACACAUACCAACAAACUAAGUGUAUUACUGUUGUAACCAUGGAUACAAAUACCAACAAACUUAGUGUAUUACUGUUGUAAUCGAGGAUACACAUACCAAUAAACUAAGUGUAUUACUGUUGUAACCAAAGAUACACAUACCAACAAACUAAGUGUAUUACUGUUGUUGUAACCAAGGAUACACCUACCAGCAAACUAACUGUAUUACUGUUGUCACAAGGAUACACAUACCAACAAACCAUGUGUAUUACUGUUGUAACCAAGUAUACGCAUACCAACAAACUAAGUGUAUUACUGUUGUAACCAAGUAUACGCAUACCAACAAACUAAGUGUAUUACUGUUGUGGUAACCAAUGAUACGCAAACCAACAAACUUUUUUGGUUAGUGACUUUUUGACUUCAACCUUUGAUCCUGUGACCUUGAAAUGUAGUGAAAAUGAUUCCUUAAUUUAUCCCUACAAAUGCUUAAAGUUUUACAAAAAAUGUCGCUUCAUUCUAGGAACACCACUCUUUGAAGUUUGAACCUUUAAACCUUAAACCUUUCUCACAAUGAUACUCAUAUAAGUGACUCAUAUGACUCAUAUAUACUCAUUUCCAUAGAAUCUAACUCAUAACGCCCCUUAUAUGGCCUUUAAAGCCCUUUAUGUUGUGCUUACUUCUUGCGGUUGCAGUUAGGCUUAGAGCUUACCAAGUUUGAUUUUGAUUAACACAACUGUUUUUGAGUAAGCAACAUUGUUACAUUCUGCCCCUUUUCUGUCCCAUCCCUAUUGGGUCAGUAAGGCACCUUUAGGUAUGAUACGGAUGCCGAUAAGAUGCUGUCUGCCAAGUUUAAUUGAAAUAUCUCCACUGGUUUUUGAGAACAGGUCAAUUAAAGAAUGUUCUUACAUUUGGUCCCGUUUUGCCCUAAUAUAAGCCUCAGAGAGACGCUACCACCUUUUGUAUACAUACGUAAAUCUUCUCCGCUUGUGCAUACAUUCUACCAAAUAUUGUAUAUUCUAUUACUUAUCUUGACCAUGUGCUUGCUGCCAUUUUUGGUUGAAAUCCAACUAGUGUUUCUUAAAGAAGUCGACAAUGUAACGAGUAAACGACGGAGGACGCAUGACUCAUGAUGACACAAAACAAGGGCCCAAUGGGCCCGAAUCGCUCACCUGCAAUGCAGUGAUUUUUUCAAAUAUGGAUCCUGCAGUUAUUUGAAAGCAUGCUACAGGGCUAAUAUAAUGUAUCUCGGCACUUUGGCUAUUCAGACGUUAUUUAAAGAUUUAAGCAUACUUGACUGACGUGACCUUGAAUGUCAGUCAGAGUCAUUCAUUUGAGCAAAUUUUGUAGCCCUUCACCUCAGCUUGCUACAGGCCCAACAUCAAGUCCCUGGGCCGCUUGGUUAUUGAGAAGAAGUGAUCUGUGU